AUCCUCACUCGACCAUUGAACCUCACGACGUCCAGCUUGUGUGAUGAGCCACAUCGUCUCGCGCCCUACCGACGCCGAAUUGAAUUGAUCUGCGCAUGCAUGCAGCAGCGGACGAGCAAGCCAUGGCCAAAGACGAUGUGUCUGCUCGUCCGCAGCGGCUUAGCGCGCGCGCGCGCCUCGGGCACUUUAACAAGAUGCUCGUCUUCAUCAUGCUCUACCUCGCGUGCUGCGCGCUCAACUACGGCUACGACGUUGGCACCUUUUCCGGCGUCCAGGCCAUGCAGAGCUUCCAGCGCGAGUUUGGCGCGUACAACCCCGACACGGGCCUGUGGGCGCUGCCGGGCUGGCUGUCGAGCGUCAUGACGGCGACGCCGUUCUUUGGCAAGGCGAUUGUGUGUGCUUGAACCUGGUGCUCGAUCUUGGACUGGAACGAGACGGUUGACCAGUUAUCUCUCUACUAGGGCUGCAUCGGCGCUGGAUGGAUUGCCGAGCGAUGGGGCCGCAAAAUGGCCAUUCUUGGUCUCUGCAUCGCG